GCAAGGAUGGGACGUAAUAUGAAUAUGUUUUUGGUUGGCUUACUUGCUGUAGCGAUGACAUUUGUUAUCUCAUGGCGAAAAGGAACUACGGUGGUCGAAAAUAUACUCGAGGAAUAUGACUAUAUCAUCGUUGGUGCGGGUUCAGCUGGGUCGGUGCUCGCUUCAAGGCUGUCUGAAGACCCAGGACACUCCGUGCUUCUCCUAGAGGCUGGUGGUGACGAUAUGGGCGAUAUGAUUUUAUCAACUCCAUUCUUUAGUUCAAUAACUCAACACACAAAACACGACUGGGAUUUCUAUACUGUAAAACAGGAAAAUACCAUGUUAGGUUAUAAAGAAGAGAAAAUCUACUGGCCAAGAGGGAAGUGUUUAGGGGGAUCAAGCAACUUGAAUGCUAUGGUAUAUGUACGCGGAAGUAAGUACGACUUUGAUGAAUGGGCCGAAGAGGGAUGUUACGGAUGGUCGUAUAAUGACGUACUUCCAUACUUUCUGAAGUCAGAAAACAUUCUAAUAGACGAUUUAAAAGAUUCACCAUAUCAUAAUUCGGGAGGACCAUUGCCAGUGACUGCGAAUAAGAUUACGUCAUUGUCUGGCACAAUAUCGAAAGCUGGAGAGGAGAUUGGAUACAAAACUGUGGAUUGUAAUGGUGCAGAAAUGAUAGGUAUUUGUCACGUGCAAGGAACUGUAACAGCUAAUGGACUUCGUGCCAGCACGUCAAGAAGUUACCUACGACCUGUGAUGGACAGAAAAAACCUACACAUUUCUAUUAAUUCUCAUGUUCAUAAGGUUCUGACUGAAAACAAAAAGGCAAUGGGUGUUUCUGUGAAAAAAGACAACCAGACAAUGACAGUGAAGGCGAGGAAAGAGGUGAUACUGUCAGCCGGUACGGUGAUGUCUCCACAGAUUUUGAUGCUGUCUGGAAUAGGCCCAAAAGCUCAUUUAGAUGAUAUUGGAAUCGAUUUAGUGGCUGACUUGCCAGUUGGAUUGAAUUUGCAAGAUCAUUUAUUCGCUGGUUUUUCAUGUACUACAAACACUACAGACCUCAUAUCAAAAUCUGCAAUAAUUAGUCCAUCCAACCUUCUAAACUAUCUAUGGAAUGGUAAAGGCUGGCUGAGGAACACGGGACCAAUCACCGACAUCGCAUUUUUUCAACUUGAUGAAGAAAUGAAAAGAAAUAAACCAGGUCGACCUGACACACAGCUACAUUUCACUCCGGCACUGGUAGAAAAUAGUGACGUUGAUGAUUUGAAAAACUUAUUUACCUAUAAAGACGAGGUCUGGGACAACUUUGGCCGUUUAAAAGCAGAAAAUAAUGGAAAGUUGGGAUUUUCUGUAAUUGUUAGUGAUCUACAUCCUAAAAGCCGGGGAACAAUCAGACUUAACAAAACCGACCCCCAUGGAUACCCAGAAAUUCAACCUAAUUAUCUACAACAUCCAAAUGAUAUAAAAAUGCUCAUUAAAGGAAUGCGAGAGAUGCUGCGCUUACUUGACACAAAAGCAAUGAAAGAAAUAGGUGUGGACGUAGAAGAUCGGAGCCGUAUUAUUCCACAGUGCAAUCAGUUUGAGUUUCAUUCAGACGAUUAUCUUGAAUGUGCAAUAAGGCUCUUUGCUACAACUUUGUAUCAUCCUACAUCAACUUGUAAAAUGGGAAAACUUGACGAUCCCGAGACAGUGGUUGAUCCACAACUCAGGGUGAAGGGAAUACAAGGUUUACGAGUAGUAGACGCUUCUGUGAUGCCUAGUUUAACUUCCGGUAACACGAACGCUCCAACAAUCAUGAUAGCCGAAAAAGCAGCCGACAUUAUUAGAGGUGUUGAUACUGUGAAAAAUCUUAAGACGAAAUUACAACAUUUACAAUAUGAGAAUUAUAUAUCUGAGAAGCUGAUAUUUGAUCAAACAUAUGAAUAACAGAUUAAACAAAAUCAGUUCUAAUAUGAAAAAUCCAUGAACAUUUCCGUUAAAACAAGGAAAGUUGACGUCACGUGGCUCCGUAAAGACGACGGGAAAGAGUGCUACUACAUUUGAUCUACUACCUUAUAUGGAAAUACGGGUCAAGAAUACCUUUAAUGUGAUUUUCAUCAUUCUCAAUAACCGUUGCUGUUGUUUCAUCUUAGAAGAACAGUUGAUAGAGAAUUGGUGAAAGAAUGAAUGUUUGUUGGUUUGUUUUUUGAUGAUUUGGCAUUAUUUUUACUUUUAUGUUGAAUAUGUUUUUCAUGACUCUUAACGGGAUACUCAGGUUUUUAUUCAAGACAUAGAUCCAUCAUUUAUUUUUACUUUAUUACUUAGCCUAUUAAAGAAAACAGAAAGAGGCUGAUUAUCGAAUAUAAUCUUGCUAUUGUAAUCUCUACUUGAUUAUAUAUGAAGUCGCGGAAACAUUUGACAAAUUGUCUGAUAAUUUGAUCAUGAAAUUCUAAUUAUCUCACCUUGUCUGCGGUAAAAUGAAUUUCAUUUUACAAAGAAUGUAAAAUAUGAUAUCCUGUAGUUAUUUUCAUGUGUUUUCCUAACCUGGCAUACUUUGGUCUGGUUAGCAAAUUAAUGAAAGUUGUGCACCUAUAUCGCCAAACUAUCAUCAUUGUAAAGUAGUAAACAUUUUUUCUCAUGAAAUUUCCAAUGUAUUCAUAAUAUAAUAUGCCUUCAUAAGUUCAUAAUAUUAUAUGCUAGAUUUGCGCUUAUUUUAUAAAUUUUCAAUGUAUUCAUAAUACAAUAUACCUUCAUAAGUUCAUAGUAUUAUAUGCUAGAUUUUUGUGCUGCAUUUUAUUAUUUAUAUAUCUGCAAUAACUAGGCUACCUCAUUUUUUAAAUGUAUCUAAAGGUGAUAAAUUGAACACUGGCCUAUUUUUUACACUGCAAACAAGUAUAUCUGCAUCUGUAGUAAGUAUUAUUAUUCAACUAUGCAAUACUGGACAGAAUAUCAAGCAAACUGGGCAUAUUUUAUGAAGCUACUUGAGCAAAUUUAAUUGAGCCAAUAAGAAACAAAUCAGGGCCAGUAUGAAGGAAAAUCAGGGCCAACACGGGAGAACAGGGCCAAUAUGCGAUUUAAGCAUUUUUAUGGUCAAAUGUAGGGGGAAAUAAGGAGCUGAAUAAUAAUAUUACCAUUAAUAAAGUAAUUUCAUGUUUACCUUAUUAUUCUUUUUUGGCAAUCGCAUUAGCCCUCGGCAUCCGGCCUUGGGUCGGUACGACCACCCUUAGAUUUACCCUAGUAACAAAGCCAAUACGGAGUAGUUGGUAAGCAUAAUGGAAUUUGUGCUCAGCGUUUUCCAAUUCUCGACGAAUUUACUUAUUUAUCAUGGCAUGUAACAAGUAAUUUUACAAUUUUAAGAAAUAUCAUCUGUGUGCAGUAUUUGUUUACUUACACAAUGUUUCAAGAUUUGUAUUGUCACUUGACAUCAUUGCCUCUAAUGGAAGAGUAGAAAUUUUUGUAUUUUUUGAUAAAAUUGUGUUCGUUUUAUAUAUGGAAUAUGAAAUUUACAGUGAAAAGUCUUUAAAAAUGAAGAAAAAGGCAUGUUUGUUGCUUAUAUAAAGCAUCUACGAUUUGGAGAUUCGAGGUCAACAAAUCGUCAAACAACAAUAUCCGACUGAAAGCAAGCCCUCUAUAACGGUAUAUUCAAUUAUUUCUUUUGCGAAUAUAGAUUGUGAACCAUAUUCAUUUUAUGAAGUAUGCUUUCACUUGGGAUAUUUUGUUGUUCCACAUCCAGUCGACUAUAAAUUAAAGCAAGCAUUUUGUAUGUUUUAGUAUAUUUUAUUCAAAUAAA